AAUUUGUUUUUUGUUUUAAUUUUUUUAAAAUAAAGUAAGAAGGCGUUUUAGCCUCACUGCGCUGUGGGUGUGCAAGGCUCCGAUGGCAUUGGUGAAGCAGACAAGAUCUUACUGGACGAUCGCCGAACCUGUCGUUUAUCCGCAGAUUUGAGCUGUUGGAGGCCGGAAGCGAGCGAUUGCUUUGAGCCACAUUGCGUCCGGGGAGGGCAAGCCGGCGACGCCAUGCUCUGCGCCUGCUCCGGGGAGCAGUCUCGGUUCGAGGAGGAGCGGGUGCCGUCGCCGCAGGAGUCGCUUGCGACGAGGGACUACUCCGCCGCUGGCCGCUCCUCGAGAUCAGGUGGCGACUUUGACUCCAAGAUCGAUGAUAGCCAGGUCGACGAUGUUGUCGAGUCCACCCUCAGGGAGACCCUCUCCUUGAACUACGAGGAAGCGCGGGCGUUGCUUGGGAGAUUGGAGUAUCAGAGGGGAAACUUCGAUGCUGCGCUGCAGGUCUUCCAAGGGAUCGAUGUCCAGGGUUUGCGGCCGAAGAUGGUUAGGGCCAUCUCCGAGAGGACUCGACCACGGCAGGUUCGCCGAAGAGGAGAUUGCGUGAUGGGUAAUGUCAUGUCGAUGCACUCAGUUAGCCUGCUCAUAGAAGCAAUGUUGCUCAAGUCCAAAUCUUUAGAGGGGCUCAGUCGAUUUAAAGAUGCUGCACUUGACUGUAAAACCAUUCUUGACAUUAUUGAAUCUUCUUGGCCUCAUGGCAUACCUGUGGGAAUUGGAGAUGAUAGCAAGUUGAGAGAGAUGGUUUACAAAGCUCUAGAAUUGUUUCCCAAGCUCUGGAUGCAGGCAGGCUUUCUGGAGGAAGCAAUUGCUGCAUAUCGACGAGUACUUAUGAAGCCGUGGAAUCUAGAAAUCAAUAGGUGGGCAAGUUUACAGAAAGACCUGGCAGUAGCUUUGCUCUAUGGUGGUGCUGAAGUUAGCCUGCCUCCACAAAUUCAACAAAUGUGGGGUAAUAAUGUGCCUUCAUCUAACAUAGAGGAGGCAAUUCUUUUGCUUCUGAUACUCAUGAGAAAGGUUGCCUUACAGGAAAUUAGUUGGGAUCCUGAGGUCAUGAACCAUCUCAUGUAUGGCCUGUCAUUGACUGGACAAUUUGAACUUUUAUCUGGUUAUGUGGAACAGAUUUUGCCUGGUAUCUAUGACCGAUCUGAGAGAUGGUAUGUUCUUGCACUUUGUUGUCAUGCUGCUGGUCUGGACGAUGAUGCAUUAAACCUACUAAGGAAGGCACUGUAUCACUCUGAAAGAAAACAGAAGCCCCAUAUUCCAUCACUCAUUUUAGGCGCUAAGUUGUGCAGUAAACAUCCAUUGCAUGCAUGGGAAGGGGCAAACUAUGCAAUCAAGGCAACUGAAAUUUCCCAAAAUCAAAAGCAUUAUCUUGGCAUUGCCAGCCACUUUCUUGGAAUAUGUUAUGGAUACUGCGCUAGAAUAUCUGUGUCCAAUUCCCAAAGGCAACAAUUACAGAAUGAAUCUUUGAAGAAACUUCAACAUGCUGUGAGCGUUGAAAAGAAUGAUCCUGAGGUGAUAUAUAGUCUUGCAAAGGAGAGUGCAAUGCAAUGCAACCUUCCUGUAGCAUUAGAAAAUGCAACAAAAUAUCUUGAUAUGAUUGCUGGAUGCUCAGGGAGUGGGUGGAAGCUUUUAGCUCUUAUAGUAUCAGCAGAACAAAACUUGAAGGAAGCUGAAGCAAUAGUUGACCUAGCUAUCUUUGAGAGUGCAACAAUGGAUCAGUUGGAAUUCUUGCAUCUAAAAGCUCUACUCCAGACUGCUCAACGACAACCAAAGAAUGCCAUUGAGACAUACAGAAAUCUACUAGCAAUAAUCGAAGCAAAGAAAAAUUUUCAGAAAUGGAACUUGAUUUCUGAGGUCAAAGCAGUAAAAGAUCUAGAAAUGGAAGCAUGGUUAGGAUUAUCGUCAGUUUAUACAAAACUUGGGUCGUGGAAUAAUUCUUAUGUUUGUUUAGACAAAGCCAAUUCCGUUGUUCCACUCUCUCCAAAAUGCUGGCAUUCUAAAGGGAAAUUGCUGGAAGCUCAAUCAUUGGAAGAAGAGGCCUUGAUUGCCCUUUUGGUUUCUCUCUCGAUCGAACCAGAUUAUGUUCCUAGCAUGGUCUCGAUUGCAGCAAUUUUGAGGUCACGUGGAGACAAGUCGCUGGCAAUCUCAAGAAGCUUACUAAUGAAUGCGUUGCGUCUAGAACCUACAAACCAUGAAGCAUGGUUGCAUCUGGGAUCCAUCUCAAAGGUUCAAGGCUCACUGCAUCAAGCUGCUGAUUGUUUUCAAGCAGCUUAUGAGCUGAGUCAAUCCUCCCCUGUGCAAAGAAUUGUAUAAGAUUUUUUUUUUCCUUUCCGUCUGGUGUAUGUGAAGUAUUCCGCAGGAUAUCGAGAAUAUAAUGUAGUCGAAGUUAUGACUGAUUGAAUCGACAAACAUUUGCAUCUAGUUUGUUUGGUUUCUGCCCCUUUUUUCAAGAAAUCCACCAGCUACUAACUAGGUCAUUUAUGCUCACA